GUCGAAGCAUGGGACUGCAAGUACGAUGAGGAAGUACUCUUGCAGCCCUACGGACUAUUUUUUGCAGGCGACAAUCCAAUGCAAGCGGAAGAAUGCUGUCAUGCGGGUCUCAAUUGUAACUAUUUUUGUCGCACCUGCUUUGUCGGUGGCACGACGGCCCAGAAAAUGACCAUGGAAGGCUUUGCGAAGAUAUUUCAAGAGUGCGAACCUCGUACUCCAGCGAAGACACUCGAAGAGGUUAAACGACAGAUCAGCGGGACGUUCCUACCUGGAAACAAGUUGAAGGAUGGUGUAACGGCGACUGGGGUGAAAGAUUCCACCACGACGGCCAUUCUCAGUUCUAUCGUGGAGCUGGGAAAAAACCUUCGGAAGCGUUCCACCGGUACACUAGCUCUGCCCGAAACCGUAGUGCGCAAGAACCUCGAAGAAGCCCUUCAGAAUGCGCUACAUGGCACUGAGAUUGGGAAUCAUAUAAAUCCUCUUAUAGGAAUGCCAGGUGUUGACAUUCAUCUCGAUACCCCGACUGAGAUUCUGCACACCGUUCUUCUCGGAGUGGUGAAAUAUUUCUGGGGCCAGACAAUACACAUCCUCGACAAGAGCAAUCACCUGGACCUGUUUCAAACUCGUCUGGCUUCUGUCAAUGUCGAAGGACUCAACGUGCCGAGUCUCAAUGCUGAGUAUAUGGUUCGAUACAAGGGUAGCCUUAUCGGGAAGCAUUUCAAGAGUAUCGCGCAAGUUAUGACGUUUCUCAUCUACGACCUCGUUCCAAUAUCAGUGCUUGAUGCCUGGUAUGUUAUUGGCAAACUCGUUGUACUUCUGUGGCACACAACCAUAGAAGAUCUCGAGGCGUAUCUGGCCAACUUAUCGCGAACCAUUGAAGACUUCCUCAAUCUCACAGCACAGUGCUCGCCCAGCAUUCUCCUCCUCAAACCAAAAUUUCACUUUCUUGUUCACCUUCCUGCAUACAUUCGCCGUUUCGGACCUGCUAUUAUAUUCUCCACAGAGCGGUACGAGAGUUUUAAUCACAUCUUCCGCCUCGCCUCAGUCUACAGCAAUCGCCAAGCUCCAAGUCGUGAUGCAUGCAGAUCAUUCGCGCUCAAUGAUAUUGUCAAGCACAUCGUGACUGGAGGGCUCUGGAGGGAUCCCGUAAGCCACGAAUGGAUGCGCGCAGGAUCAGCGGUGCUACGCUAUAUCGCUGAUCAUCCGGACCAUCGCCGGAUCCUCGGGUUGCCCGAAUCACAGGAAGACAAGUUAAUUGGUAUGUGCAGAGUUGGUCCCGGUGCAGGAACGUCAACACUUGCACCAGACUCGGCUGGGCUUAGCGUGAAGAUAUGGAGCAAUACACGCACUGGUCGCUUCCUGAAGGACCAGGACCCAGCCGCAUACGCUCAGUUCUCAGGAGAAAAGUUCCGCAUUGCUCGGGCAGUUGUGGUUACUAAUAGGGAUGUUGCUGCCGUGGGGGCAGACGUGUUAGUGAAGGCGACGCCGGCGUGUGGUGACGACCAGCCGAAGCCCUCCCCAGCUCGGAUAGAAGAGAUUCUCGUCCCCAUGAACUCCGGACAGAAUAUCGCAUCACACGUCCUUGUCACCUUCCACGAUUUUCUUCCUACCCUUCACCAUCGCCUUCGUCUUCCACGGCUUUUCAUGUCCACCCGAAAGUGUGUAGUUCCCGCAUCGGACAUAAUUUGCGUCAUCAAUCUUCAGCAUGACUGCUCAGGCUCGGAGUGUACCAAGUUCGAAGAUUCCCAAGUCUUGCAGGAGAGAUUGAAGUCGACACGGACACGGACAGUCGUCAAGCACAACGAGACAAACGCGUACAUACUCAAUACCCACUCAAUUCACAACUACGACCACAUCCGAUCUGCGCUUCCUCCCGCGUUAAGGCUACAGCUCGACGCUCCAUGUGUCUCCGAAGCGGACGUGGCCAAUGUUCGUCGAAGGGCUGUCGAGAAUCUCAUAGCACGGAAAAAGAAGUCGAACGCCCUGAACGAGCAGCAACAAGCUCCGGCGCCGGCCGAUGAUGCGAUCCUAACUGCAUUACCCUUCGAACGAGCUCCUCGGAAGAAGCGAGCAGCGCUCAGGACGCCGAAGCCGGUCGGCAGUGGCAGUCGUACUACACGCGAGCAAUCCAACCAGCAACCCCUCGACCCUACAACAUCUGUAAGCUCGCCUCGAAUAAAUUCGCUACUACACCGUACACUGAUCAUGCUCUAG